AAAAAAAAAAAGAUAAAAUGUUGACGAGUACAAUCGGUCCAGCUGUACAAUUAGGAUUACGUUGUGUUGGAGUAUGGCCUAAUUCUAUGAUGAUAUUUCCACGAAUUUUUUGGAUUGUGACAGUAUCGUUUAUACAAACGUUUCAAUUUCGUUAUCUUUUUGCACAUUCGGGAUUCAUGGAACUUAUGAGAAUCAUGGAUAGUGUCAGUCUUACUUUGGCAUACACGAUUACCAUCUUGAAGCUCUUCGCUUUUUGGAUUAAUUAUAACAUAUUUCACGAGAUCUUGGAAAUGAUGGAAAAUGAUUGGGAAAAAUCUACGAAAAUUGAAUGUGACCAUAGUACUAUGACGAGUAAAAUAAUAUUGGCUCAUCGUUACUCGAAUUUAAUUAUUAGCGUUUAUUGCAUCUCUGCAUUCUUUUAUGCAACUGGUACAUUCGUUAUCGGCGAUAAUAAUUACGAUGAGGGUGAGGAACGUGAACUAUUAUUGAAGAUGAUUCUACCCUUCAAUAGCAACAAGUCGCCGAUAUAUGAAAUUGUUAUUAUAACGCAAUUUUUUCAUCAACUUUUAACAACAGCUGUGGCAGCCGUUUUGAGCUCUUUGAUUGUCGCACUGAUACUUCAUCUUGGUGGUCAAGUCGAUAUACUUUGUGAAAUGUUGUUACGAAUAAGUGGAAAGGACAUCGAAGGAAACUUAUCGCUUACCAUAUUGAAAAAUGCAAUUGCAAAACAUCAAAGGAUCAUCCUAUUCUCGGAUAACAUAGAAUCUCUUUUCACAUACUUCAGUCUCAUGCAAUUCAUGUCGAACAUACUUAUCAUUUGUUGUCUUGGCUUUAUGAUCGUUACCUCGAUCAGCGAAGGAGAAAUCGAAGCGGCGAGGCUGACUAAGUCGAUACUAUUCUACGUAGCGAUCGUGAUCGAGGCCUUUGUCAUCUGCUUCGCAGGAGAGUACGUCACUGCCAAGGGUAAAUUAAUCGGCGAUGUCGCAUACGAAUCACUAUGGUACGAUUUAAAGCCAAACGAGAGUCGAUUGUUACUAUUGAUUAUUCUACGAUCCCAAAAGAAAUUAACUAUAACAGCUGGAAAGAUAAUGGAACUAUCUUUGGAACGUUUCACAGGGAUUAUAAAAGCCUCGGCAUCGUACAUAUCCGUUCUCCUUGCGAUGUAUUAAUCAUCUGAUUUAAAUAAUGAUUAUUACUAUGUAUAAAUAUACAUAUAUAUAUAGGUAUAUGUGUGUGUAUAUAUAAAGGGUGAGUAUGUACACAGGUGGUGUUCUACAAAAUUUUAUUAUCCUCUAAAUUAUGGAUUAAUAGUAGUGUUCAAUUUUCAUUUGAAACAAAAAGAAAAAGAUAAUAAUAUAAA